CCCAAGAGUGUUUAUUAACUUCAGUUCAACCAGGCAACCAGCCUUCCGCUUUUGGCGUGCGGUCGUUGCUUGCUUCUCUAACCCAGCCUCCGUUGUUUGUUCUGGAACUCUCUCUCAAAAAAUCUCAUCCCUCCCUUCCAUGGCGACAAUCAAUCUGUCUCCAUUACAAGCCUCCCCUUCUCUCCCCUUGCUCUAUUCGACUCCCGCUCAAGCUAGCGCCAAGCUGUCGUUCAAUUCGCCCAUCGCAAAACUAUCCACUUCCUUCCUUUCCCUUUCCUUUAGACCUAGUAGCCGUACAACUCCUCGGCGUCGUGCUUCCUUCGCCGCUGCCUCUGCAGCGCACAAGAGUCUCUCCGAGGCAGAGCUGUUGCCCGUUCCUCCAUCUCUGGAGGAAAUCGUCGCAAAGUUCCCGUCGGAGUGCGGCGUUUAUGCCAUCCACGACAAGAACGGGGAUCUCCAAUUCGUCGGCAUCACGAAGAAUCUGGCCGCCAGCGUCGCCACUCACUCCAAAUCCGUGCCGGACCUUUGCUCCGCCGUUAAGGUUGGGGUAGUAGAAGAGGCUGACAGAGAUUCCCUGACGAAAGCAUGGAAAUCAUGGAUGGAAGAGCACAUAAAAGCCACGGGGAAAAUUCCGCCGGGUAAUGAAAACGGCAACGCCACAUGGGUCAAGCAGCCUCCGGCGAAGAAGAAGAAGGCUGACCUUCGCCUGACACCAGGGCGACACGUCCAGCUGACUGUUCCACUGGAGGAUUUGAUUGACAGAUUGGUGAAAGAAAACAGAGUGGUGGCAUUCAUCAAGGGCUCGAGAAGCGCCCCAAUGUGUGGAUUCUCGCAGAAGGUAGUGGGUAUUUUGGAGAGCCAAGGUGUGGACUACGAGAGUGUUGAUGUGCUCGACGAAGAGUAUAACUCUGGGUUGAGGGAAACCUUGAAGAAGUACAGCAACUGGCCUACCUUCCCGCAGAUUUUCGUUCAAGGGGAGUUGCUUGGCGGCUGUGACAUUCUGACCUCCAUGUAUGAGACUGGAGAGCUUGCCGGAUUGUUGAAGAAGUGAGCUGUAUGUAUAAACCCUUGGUCUUGGAAGGGUGGGCUAGGAAGCUGAAAUGGGGUUGCUCACGAUCGCCUAGUGAAAGGAGUAAUUUGGGUUGUUUCAUGGGGUUGGAAUUGGAGACUAGGUAAAGUAACAACACACAUUUGCUUGCGUCAAAAGACAUUGAAAUCGCUCCUGUUGAAUUAGUUCUUGGUCUGGUUGACGGCUUAAAAUUGCCAAUGUACUUUCUCGUUGCAUGGAGAGAUCAGAUUUAGUAAACCAACUUGUUUACUGAAAAUGCAUGAUACAAAAGGUCAAAAUAGUUUCCAAACACGAACUGGUGAGUGGUGAUCGUGUUGUUUAUGACCAGAGAGUAUAGUUUCAGUCUGAAGUGACAUACUCCCACGGCGCCUGAGAUAGAUGCAUGAGAUUGGUGGUUCGAUGAUUAUUGGCAUUUGGAGUUUUUAGCAGGUCCCCCAUAGUAAAAAUAUGUAGGUGCCCCAAAUUUUUUUUACUGCGAUCUUAAGCUUUCAAGAAGUUGUAGCAGGUAGGGCUGGUAACGGGAGUUGAUGUGAAGCUGCCAUCAGUGCGACCUAAAAAUAUAUACGGAGAAUCGGAGAUCCAUGUUGUUUCGGGGCAGCUAUUGCCCACCAAUCGCAUACUUUUUGUUUUGUUUGAAUGAAGAUUGAAGCUUAAGAAAUUGAAGCAAAAUUCCGUUUACCAAGUACCAACACAACCGCCAAAAGUAAGUCGAGUAAGUAAACAAGCAGCAAAACAGAAGUUCAUCAACAUCAUGCUUCCCAUUCUCAAGGGAAGGGGUGAUUGGAUGAAGGAAUUAUGUGCUGCCUCAAUUCGUUAUCAAGGAGGUGGAGAGACUAUGUAAUGAGUUACUGUGGGAUUCAGCUGAAGAUGGAAGUAGGAAAAAGACAAUAAUAGCUUGGGAUAAGUUGGCAGCUCCUAAGAAGGAGGGAGGAUUUGGCAUUAGGAACUUUAGUGUAUGGAAUAGAGCUUGUGUCUUGCGGUACUUAUGGGAAAUCCUUACUCUGGGUGGCUCUCUCUGGGUUGCCUGGGUAUCUAGAUACAUAAUGAAAGGUAGAAGUAUUUGGGAGAUCUCAGCUACUUCUGCAGGGACAUGGAUCUGGAAAAGGCUAUUGAAAUGCAGGUCAAUUGCUUACCCAUUUGUAUCUAGGAAUGGAAACUGUAUGCUGUGGCAGGGGGAGCAAAUGAAGAAAUUCUCGGUCUCUAGGGUUUGGAAUGACAUCAGGGAGAAGAACCAAGAAGUGUUGUGGUGGAGGUUAGUUUGGGCGAAGGAAAUCAUUCCUAAGCAUGGUCUGAUACUAUGGCUAGCUAUCCACAGGAGGCUGGUAACCCAAGAUAAGUUGUUGUCUUGGGGCAAACAAGUAUCUAGUUGUUGUUUAUUAUGCCCAGGAGGUAAGGAGAGUAGAGAUCAUCUUUUUGUGCACUGCCCUUACUCAGUGUUUGUGUUGAAGCUGUGUAUGAAGAGUCAAAUAACCCCCAAUAAUAGGGAGCUGGGAAGAGACAGUAGUAUGGUGUGCAAGGGAAUGGACGUCGCAGAGUGCUAAAUCACGAUUAUGCAGAGUUUUUUGGAGUGCUGUUAUGAGCCAUAUCUGGCGAGAAAGGUGUUCUCGGAUGUAUGGGUCAAGAACGAUUAAAGAUUCUACUACGUUGGUAAAGUUGAUACGUGAGGAAGUACUCUAUCGAGUGAGUGAAGAUCAUGCCCUUUAGUUAGAGUUUGAUAGUUUGCAGUAGUGUAGAUAGGAGUGGUUUGUAAUCCUAUUACUUAGGAUGUUGUUAAAGUUUGAGAGGUGAUGCAGGGUUUCCUGUAUGUGGCCCGGUUCUAAUGAUAAUUUUUUAUUUCACAUAAAAAAAGAUUUCUUAA